AGAUCGAUAUUUGUAUGAAAACUAGUAGUAGAAGUCAUCGCUGCGGUCAGACAAUCGGGCAUCUCCGCUCCGAUUAUGAAUGAGCGCGACGCGCGAAGCCGUGAAACCGGUGAAAUAGUGAAAUACACGUGGUGAUAUUUGCGUUCCCAUGUCUGUCGUAUGGGCGGUAAUUGUUGAUACUACUAUAGCUUCUUUAAUUCGUAGAUGAGCCAGAGGAUGUUGAUAUGCAGCCAACAAAUUAUCUCCAGUUGACACUGGCGAUACUCAAGCCGCACGUAGUUAAAUCCCCUUUCGUUCUUCAGAAGAUUCGCGAUUUAAUAAUUGACAAUAAUUUCAAAGUUGUCAGAUCGCGCAGGACGACGAUAUCACACGAGGAGGCCGAACUGUUUUACAAGGAGCACAGGGACAAGUUCUUCUACAAUCGUCUCUUGACUUUCAUGUGCAGCGGUCCGUCCGACAUUUACAUUCUGGCGCGUCACGACGCUAUCACGAAGUGGCGUCAGCUGAUGGGCCCUACAAAAGUCUAUCAAGCGCAAUAUAAUGCACAAGAUACUAUCAGAGGAAUGUUUGGCCUCUCGGAUACUAGAAAUGCCACGCAUGGAUCUGAUUCGACUGAAUCCGCAAAAAGAGAAAUAAUGAUAUUCUUUAAAGACUUUAACAUAAACAAGUGGUAUAACAAUGAGGAGAUAUUUUAUAACUUAGGAAGAUUACAUUUCGAUCCAACGUCCUUCGUGCAUACCAUUGACAAGACUUGAACAAGACACAAAAUAAUGAUG